CUUCUCAGUGUCCAUAGAGAGAAAAUUCCUGCCACGUGUUAUCCAGAGACAUUAAGUCCUAUUCUUCUUUCACAGGCCGAUCCGAAGGAGCUGAUUCGACUGGUCACGCAGCAUGUCUCCUCAUAUUCGGCCUGGCCAGAGGAGCUGCAGAAGCUAAUCAGCCAGCUGUACGUGUACAAUGAGCGCCUGACAGACUUCACUCAGGCUCAGGUGUUGCAGGGCCUGGGCCGGGGAGUGGACGUGCAGCGCUUCAGCUCUGACUUGGAGUACAAGAAAAACACUAUUCUCGGCCUCACAGAGACACUGGAUGACAGCGUGUACAGGAUUGCUUUAUCCCUGGCAAAGCGUUACUCCGUCCCUCUGUGGGAGGUCUACAUGACCCACCUCGAGUUCCUCUUUACAGAAAGCAGUCUUUCCACUGAAGAAAUCGAAAGUCGGAGUAACUCCCUCAAACUGUUUGACACUUUGAAAAGAGACCCGGAGGCCUUUUGCAGCCACAUGACCAAAUAUGUUCUGCCCACUGUGGAGGGAAGUGACCUGGGCCGCCUUCUCUACUACUACACCUUAAUAGACGCUGCAGGCUGUGAGCCUUAUGUGACCACCAUCAUAAAACCAGACUCUCACGUCAAACUGCUGAAGAAGCUUCGUGCCGUUGCCAAAGGUAUGUUUUGGGAUUUUUUGUUUGUUUGUUUGUUUCUAUUGGAUGAUGUGCUGGUGAACUAUAUAUAUUCUUCUUUUGACUUUUUCAUGUUUUCUUACUUUACAACCAUAGGCUUCAGUGGAUUUUGUUGAUAUUUUGACUGAUGA